AUGGCUGAUACGAGCCAAAACAAUUCAAAAGAUGUCAAAGUGAGCCAAGAUGAGCCCAAAGAUAUCCAAGGGACCGUCGAAGAAGGCGAGAUCAGCAAUGGGCACUUAAGCCGUUCCCUUUCACAGCGACAUUUGAUGAUGAUGGCCAUCGGUGGUGUAAUUGGACCCGGAUAUUUUAUGGGAAUGGGAACCGGCCUAUCUACCGCAGGACCAGCCGGCCUCCUUAUUUGUUUCUCUGUCGUUGGAAUUCUCCUUUGGUUUGUGAUGCAAUCACUUGGUGAAUUAGGCGCCUUUAUCUCAGUAUCAGGCUCGUUCACCCAUUACAGCUCCAGGUUUAUUGAUCCAGCGUGGGGAUUCGCUCUGGGCUGGAACUACUUCUUUCUAUGGACCGGUAUCAUAAUGGCAGAAUACAAUAACCUCGGAUUGAUUUUAACAUACUGGGAUACAUCGAUGCCUCGCUGGGGCUGGACUUUGGUCUUUUGGGUUUUUUUCAUGUCUUUCGCUUUACUUGGUGUAUGGGCCUUUGGCGAAGCGGAAUUCUGGCUCGCAUUGCUCAAGGUACUGGCUAUUGCAAUAUUUUUCCUAUGUGCUAUUCUGAUCUCCUCUGGGGUCAUUGGUGGCCAAAAGAUUGGAUUCAAAUACUAUGAGGACCCAGGUCCAUUUACAAAUGGGGUGAAAGGAGUCUUCGAAAUUUUCGUUUUUGCGGCUCUCCAAUACAGUGGCACCGAAAUGAUCGGCCUCACAGCGGGGGAAUCUCAAAAUCCCAACAAGGACAUUCCAAAGGCAGUGAAAAGCAUUAUUUGGCGCAUCGUUGUCAUCUUUCUGGGAGGGAUCUUCUUCCUUACAAUCACAGUCCCAUCCAAUGACCCAAAUCUGCUAAGCGAAAGCAGUAAAACGGCCAGCUCACCCUUCGUCAUCGCGUUCAACCAUGUAGGAGCAAGAAAAGGUGCUGAUGCUGUCAAUGCUGUCAUCCUACUCACCAUAUUCUCAGCAGUGAACAGUGCUGUUUAUGUGGGGUCAAGGACUCUGUAUGGACUGGCCAAAGAAGGUGCUGCUCCUAAGAUGUUCCUUUACACUGUUCGAGGCGGCAUUCCGAUAGUGGCUUUGGUUUUCUUUCACCUACUCGGAUUCCUCUCAUUUCUCAAUCUGUCCUCUAGUGCAGGCGUUGUGUACACCUGGGUUAUUUCAAUGACAGGGGUUGCGACAUUCAUUACAUGGGGUUCGAUUUGUUUAUGCCACAUACGCAUUCGCAAGGCGAUGCGGCUUCAGAACGUUUCUGUAUCUAUUUUGCCUUACCAAGCACAGUUUUGGCCAUAUGGUGCUUAUUUGGGAUUUGGAAUCUCAGUCUUUUUCAUUUUUUUUCAAGGAUGGACAUCGUUUGCGCCUUGGAGCGUGCAGAAAUUUUUUAUGAAUUAUGUCAUCGUCGUCGUUUUCAUUUUCCUCGCCAUAUCGUGGAAAUUCUGGCAUAAAACGAGCUGGGUUCAACUGAACACGGUGGAUUUGAUGAGUGGACGGCGACACAUUGGUUGA